AGCUAAGAAGAGUAAGUUCAUCCUUUCAACAUAGUUAUAUUAAGCAUGGGUUCUCCGAGUCUUCUAUCCCCAGCAGAUAUUCUUCUGCGUUUUGUGUUUGUUGUGGCCUGUCUUUGGGCUUUUCCAGAGGUUGCCAUCGCCACUUCAAAGCAUACCAGCGUUACGAGGCACUACACGUUCAAUAUAAAACUAAAAAAUGUGACUCGGUUGUGCCACACGAAGAGCAUGGUGACUGUUAAUGGGAAAUUUCCUGGUCCUCGGGUUAUUGCUAGAGAAGGUGACCGUCUGGUGGUUAAAGUGGUCAACCAUAUUUCAAACAAUAUCAGUAUUCACUGGCAUGGAAUUAGACAACUUCAAAGUGGAUGGGCAGAUGGACCAUCUUAUAUAACUCAGUGCCCCAUUCAAACUGGCCAAAGCUACGUAUACAAUUUCACCAUUGUUGGGCAAAGGGGAACACUCUUCUGGCAUGCACACUUCUCGUGGAUGAGGGCGACUGUCUAUGGCCCCCUUAUUAUUCUGCCAAAGCACAAUGCUUCUUACCCAUUUCCCAAACCAGACAAAGAAGUCACCAUCAUGCUUGGCGAGUGGUUUAAUGCUGAUCCUGAGGCAGUAAUAAAUCAGGCUUUACAGACAGGAGCUGGCCCAAAUGUCUCAGAGGCUUACACUUUUAAUGGUUUGCCAGGCCCAUUGUACAACUGUUCCGCAAAAGAUACGUACAAGCUGAAAGUGAAGCCAGGGAAGACAUAUCUUCUUCGUUUGAUCAAUGCUGCACUCAAUGAUGAGGUCUUUCUCAGCAUUGCAAACCACACUUUGACUGUUGUUGAAGCUGAUGCAACUUAUGUUAAGCCUUUUCAGACUAAAAUCGUAGUAAUUGCACCAGGACAGACCACCAAUGUCCUUCUUAAAACCAAAUCAAAUCCCCCAAAUGCCAAAUUCUUUAUGCUAGCCAGGCCAUAUUUCACAGGCAUGGGUACAUUUGAUAACACAACUGUAGCUGGCAUCCUUGAAUACGAAACCUCUUCUUCCACAAACAGUCAAAAUACUACAAUUUUAAAACCAUUUCUUCCUCCCAUCAAUGGUACAAAUUAUGUUGCCAAUUUUUCGAGCAAACUCCGUAGUUUGGCAAAUGCUCAAUUCCCAAUCAGUGUGCCUCAAACUGUGGACAAAAAGUUUUUCUUCACAAUAGGACUAGGAACCAACCCCUGCCCCAAAAAUCAAACAUGUCAAGGUCCUAAUGGCACAAAAUUUGCAGCAUCAGUGAACAACAUUUCCUUUUCUCUCCCAAGAACAGCAUUACUUCAAUCCUAUUUCUUUGCGAAAUCAAAUGGGGUUUAUACAACUGAUUUUCCUAGCGUUCCCUUGCAUCCCUUCAAUUAUACAGGAACACCACCAAAUAACACAAAAGUUGUAAAUGGUACUACUAAAGCUGUGGUGGUUCCAUUUAAUACAAAAGUUGAAGUAGUGCUGCAGGACACUAGCAUUUUGGGUGCUGAAAGUCACCCUCUACAUCUUCAUGGCUUCAAUUUUUACGUUGUUGGUCAAGGUUUUGGUAACUUCAAUCCUAAAAGGGACCCUGCCAAAUUUAAUCUCGUUGACCCGGUUGAAAGGAACACCGUAGGUGUGCCUUCAGGUGGAUGGGUGGCCAUUCGUUUUCUGGCAGAUAACCCUGGUGUUUGGCUUAUGCACUGCCACUUUGAUGUCCAUUUGAGCUGGGGCUUAAGGAUGGCUUGGAUUGUCCUGGAUGGAAAACUCCCAAAUCAGAAGCUGCCUCCUCCACCGUCUGAUCUCCCCAAAUGUUGAAUUUUGAAUUGACCAUGCACAAGAACACACAACACUUUGUUGUUUUUUCUUUCUUUACUUUUGUCUGGUUAUGUUUAACUUAAUUAUUAUGGUUUGGGUGUGGUGAAAGAGUUAGCUUAGCCAAACUAGCCAAGAUGAAAACGAUAUGGGCAUUGAUGGUGUCUUUUGUUUGUCGCAUUAGAGUUCUCCACUGAGAAAUAGGAUGGAAGAAAAAAUGUGGAGGAGAUUUUGUACCGACUGAGAAUUGUCAAUGCCUUUAUUUGCUAGAGAAUAUAAAUAAUAAUAAUGUUUGUUUAUUGAUCGAA